AACAACAGUGUUGGUGUUUCCUUUGCUGACGAAAACACAACAGACGGCAAAAGUGCUGCAAUUCUAAUAUCAAGACAAGAUGGAAAUUGUCCCGCCGCCUUUUCGAUUUGGGGCGGUCGAGGCCGACGUGUUCCGAUCCGCGCAGCCGACCCUCAAGAAUUAUCGGUUCCUCUCCAGGUUGAAGCUUCGCACGGUGGUGUCGAUAGCGCCGGAGGGACCGAUGGAAGACGAGGCCAUGUUUUGCAGGGAACACUCGGCGCAACUAGUGCCGGUCCGCGCAGAGUUGUACCGUGAAGAGGCGGUGACGGUGUCGUGUCAGCAGGUGGCGCAGGUUCUGUCCAUUCUUGCCGACAAGGACAGGCUGCCGGCCCUGGUCCACUGCCCCGACGGUCGCGUCCUGAGCGGGGCCGUGCUGUGGUGCCUGAGGCGGCUGCAGUGCUGGGACGAUCGGGCUUCCGCCGCGGAGUUCGCCCGGUUCUCCGGUGUCCUGCCCUCGAGAGAGGUAGAAAAGUUCGUGGAGAGCUACGGGGAAGAGGUCACCAUUCCGGCGAACGUUCCCAGGUGGCUGUGGGGGGGGGACAGGGCGCACUGGCAUCCGUGCAUUCGGAUCCGGCACCAGCCGCCGCUGGAAGUGUUCGAGCCGGACCCUCUCCCUUCCCAACAGACACUCAGGGGCGAGGUCUACACGAGGACGGAUUAUCUUCGAGUGCGGCGGGACUACAUGAACAUGUACGCAAAAAAUAAGAUCCCCGAGGGGGCGGGGGGGCGGCGAGGGGGCGGGAGCGUUGGCGCCAGGGGACAGGGGACGGACUCCGCCUCGAGGUGCGUUGUCCAUGCCCUGUCCGGUCGGCGCGUGGAGAAUAGCAAUUGA